AGUUCACUCUCUCUCCUCACUUGAUGCCUUGCUCUCACGGAUGUUUCCAGCACUUGCGCGUGUCAUAACGAGGACAAUGGCGUCUCCAGCUCUCGCACACGUCCCUAUCCCAAAGAAUGGCGUCGAUUAUCGUGGCAAAGUGGUGCUUGCGCCGAUGGUGAGGUCUGGGGAGCUACCUUCGAGGCUCCUUGCGCUGAAGUAUGGAGCCGAUUUGGUAUGGGGUCCCGAGACCAUCGAUCGCGCCUUGAUAGGCACAACUCGCCGUCUUAAUCCCAACACAUCUACCCUCGAGUUCUCACGUCUUCCCUCCUCCAAGAUCCAGAACCCAGCGCUCGAUCCCUUCAACCGCGAAAGCGUCAUCUACAGAAUCCACCCAGAGCUCGAACACAAACGCUUAAUAUACCAAAUCGGCACUUCCGACCCUACCCUUGCAGUGAUUGCCGCGAAAAUGGUAGCCGCGGACGUAGCAGGCAUAGACGUCAACGCGGGCUGUCCGAAGCCAUUCUCCACCGCAGGCGGCAUGGGCGCGGCUCUACUGAAAACGCCGGACUUGCUCUGCAAUAUCCUCACAGCACUGGUAGAGGAGGUGGGCAAGCCGUUCGAGAUUGGCAUAAGCGUGAAGAUUCGCAUUCUGGAGGAGCCCGAGGACACUGCGGUUUUGGUGAGGCGGUUAGUGAAGACUGGAAUCACGGGCUUGACCGUUCACUGCCGCACGACGCCCAUGCGGCCACGCGAGCGCGCGAUACGCGGACAGUUGAAGAUGGUGGUGGAUAUAUGCCACGAAGCAGGUGUAGCGUGUGUGAUGAACGGAGACGUAUAUUCGAGGGGAGAAGCGCUGCAGCUCGUCCAGGAGUAUGGCGCUGAUGGUGCUAUGAUUGCCACGGCAGCGGAAAAGAACCCGAGCGUGUUUCGACCGGAAGCGGAGGGUGGAACGUUCGUGGGGAAGCAAGCAUGGAGAACCGUCGUUGAAGAGUACCUGAGAAUAUGCCUGCAAGUGGAGAAUAGGUGGGGGAAUACGAAAUACCUGCUUGGCCAGAUGAUACCGGGGAAGGAAAAGUGCUACACGGCUAUGAAUCAAUGCAAAUGCUACCGGGAGGUAGUCCGGGCGCUCAGCAUGGAGGAUACUGAAGGUUUGAUGCAAUUAGCGACGGAGGUGGACGAGAGGCUGUGUAUACCACACAGCGAAUUCAAGCCUAGCAAGAGGGCAAAAUUCAAGGAGGCUGCAAAGCCAGAGGCAACUGUCAAUAAUGCAGCGGACGAAGCGGAGCAGAGCAAAGCGAAGCGAAUCAGGGUUGCGCAGCCGGUUGCAGACCUAGCUCAUAUCCCAGAGCUGGUUCCAUCGGCAGCCUUGAGUGUCUGAAUCCUGAUUUUCAACAUUCCGGUCACUUGGACCAACCUCAACUCUCUUACGAAGGCAUGGUCUGGCGUUCGGUGGAUAUGAAUGGCGCACUAUCUGGGGCAUGGGGAAUUGCAAACAACCGGAAUCUAGGUGUUACUUCCUGCGUAUCGCUCCUUAGCAAGUAAUUCUUAGGAGGAUGAAUUUGAGAGCAUUAAAUUGACGCGCA